AUGGCGGCCGCGGCGUCUUCUUUAUCACUCUCCGCCACUCUCUCCGCCGCAAAUCCCACCUCGAGAACCCCAUUUUCACCCACCCGCAAAAAUCCCGUCAUAUCGAGAAGAGAAUUCUUGAUGGGCUCGUCAAUGGCCGUGGGGGUGCCCCUCGUGAUUUCUCCGGUUUCACCGGCGACGGCGAAAGAGGUCGAGGUGGGGUCCUACCUCCCGCCGUCACCGGCCGACCCGUCUUUCGUCCUCUUCACUGCCACUCCCAGGGACACCCCUGCUCUUCGUGCGGGAAAUGUACAGCCCUACAAGUUCAUCUUGCCCCCGAGUUGGAAACAAAUGCGUGUAGCUAAUAUACUUUCCGGAAACUAUUGCCAGCCUAAAUGUGCCGAGCCAUGGGUGGAGGUGAAAUUCGAAGAUGAAAAACAGGGGAAAAUCCAGGUGGUGGCUUCUCCUUUGAUACGACUGACGAACAAGCCAAACGCAAAAAUUGAAGAUAUAGGGAGCCCGGAAAAAGUCAUUGCUUCUCUUGGGCCGUUUGUCACUGGUAACACGCUCGACCCGGAUGAGCUUCUAGAAACUUCUGUUGAAAGGCGAGGAGACCAGACGUACUACAAAUAUGUGCUCGAGACUCCAUACGCUCUCACGGGAACACACAAUCUCGCAAAGGCAACAGCAAAAGGAAGCACUGUGAUUCUCUUUGUCGCCAGUGCAAGCGAUAAGCAGUGGCAAUCUUCCGAGAAGACUUUGCAAGCCAUACUUGAUUCUUUUGAGGUGUAA